AUGUCCGAUCACUCGCACUUGAAAGCCCAAAACUUAUUUUCCUGCAAAGGUUUGACAGCAGUAGUUACAGGUGGUGGAACAGGUAUAGGUUUGAUGCAAACUCUCGCUUUGGUGGAGAAUGGCGCGAAAGUAUUUAUAACUUCACGGAAUGCCGAGAAACUUCAAGAUGUAGCUAAGAAAUAUGGAGGGGAUGGUAAUUCCAAGGGAGAGAUCGUGGCUGUACAAGGUGAUAUCUCCAAUAAGGAGGGAAUUGAGAAGUUGGUUAAGGAGAUUGAAUCUCAAGCCAAGGAUGGAAUUAAUGUUCUCUUCAACAACGCCGGUAUCGCCGGUGAAGGUUCAAGAGAAGGAUAUGAAGAUGUCAAUACGGAAGAUGCUAAAGCCUAUUCGAGCCAGUUGUUGAAAUCUGAAUUCAAGGAAUGGGAUGAUAUCCUACAUACCAACGUUGCGGGACAAUACUUCACUGCAGCCGCUUUCAUCCCCUUACUCAACGCUGGAGCCAAAUCCACCAAAGGGUAUGCCUCGCAAAUAGUCAAUGUCUCCUCGAUCUCUGGGUUGAUGAAAGGAGCUUCGGGAGGUCAAUUCGCAUAUGCAGCUUCUAAAGCAGCUUUGGUACAAAUGUCAAAAGUCAUGGCUAAAGAAUUUUUGCCUCUCAAAAUCAGAGUUAAUCAAAUUGCUCCCGGUAUAUUCCCAUCGGAAAUGACAGCUGGCGAUUCUGACAAACAAACUCAUAAAUCCGAUCUAUCAGAUACAUCCAAAGGAAAAGGUUUGCCAUCCGGUAGACCAGGUAACGAAAGUGAUAUGGCCGCUGCUACAUUGUACCUAGCGAGUUAUGCUGGUGUAUUCGUCAAUGGUCAAUUCAUCGCUCCUGAUGGUGGUGCGACAGUCGCUACUCCCUCAUCAAUCUAG